UUUCGAUUUACCAUCAUGCACUGAAUCAUGUAUCUGGGACAAGGAAGUGAUUUACGUUUAGAAAUCUGUUCAGUAGUCUCAGCGACACAUAAAACGGUCAAUGUUGUAUCUGGUAUUUUAUUUUCAACUUACAGCAAAAUGACUGAUCCAGCAAUGCAGUGUUUGUCGAAGGUGGAACUUCGAGUUGAAUGCAAGAACCUUCUGAACAAAGAUGUCACCUCCAAAUCUGAUCCUUGUGCCGUGCUGUUUAUUUAUUCAGGAAAUAGCUGGGAAGAGAUUGGAAGGACAGAAAAUAUAAAAAAUUGCUUGGAUCCUAUAUUUUCAACGCCAUUCAUGAUCGAUUACUACUUUGAGAAAGUUCAGAAGAUUCGCUUUUCUAUAUACGACAUCGACAACAAGUCGCCAUCCCUCAGUGAUGAUGACUUCCUUGGUCAGAUGGAAUGUACACUUGGUCAGGUGGUAUCCAGCAGUCCAUACACCUCUGUACUUAGCGCUAAGAAUGGGAAGAAGAUGGAUCAUGGCAGUAUAACUGUGCGAGCGGAAGAAAUGAAAGGAAAUGCUGCCAAUCAGACAAUUCUCAUGACAUUUAGAGCCACCAAGCUCGAUAACAAAGAUGUGUUUGGCAAAUCUGAUCCGUACCUUGAGAUAUCCAAAAGUGGAGAUGGGGGAUCGUGGCAGAUUGUUCACAGAACUGAGGUGAUUAAAAACACGUUGGACCCAGCCUGGAGACCAAUCACCAUAUCAAUGGCGUCUUUGUGCGGAGGGGACUUGGAUAAAACACUCAAAAUUGAUGUAUGUGACUGGGAUAACGAUGGAUCGCACGAUCUGAUUGGUGGGUUUACGACCUGUGUUAAUGACAUGCUCAAAGCACAGCAAAAAGAGGUGUCCUGGCAGUGCAUCAAUCCCAAGAAGCAAGCCAAGAAGAAACAUUACACCCAUUCCGGAGUGGUCAUCUUGUCAUCUUGUCAGAUAACUCAAGAAUACUCAUUUUUGGAUUUUGUGUUUGGAGGAUUACAAGUCAAUCUCACGGUUGGCAUAGAUUUCACAGCAUCGAAUGGCGAUCCUCGUGAGCCGACGUCACUUCACUACAUGAACCCGUACGAACCUAAUGAGUACCUACAGGCUAUCAUGUCUGUUGGCACUGUGGUGCAGGAUUAUGAUAGUGACAAGAUGUUCCCUGCUCUGGGUUUUGGAGCCAAGGUUCCUCCUGAGAUGAACAUUUCCUUUGAGUUUGCUCUCAACUUUAACGCAUCGAACCCAUUUUGUGCUGGUAUUCAAGGCAUUGUAGACACCUAUAAGGCAGCGUUGCCCCAGCUGCAGCUGUACGGACCGACCAACGCGGCGCCGAUUAUUCACCACGUAGCACGGUUUGCUGCAGCUGCACAGCAGGAAGAAAACAUCAAGGGAGCAAGUGCCUACUACAUCCUUCUGCUGUUGACGGACGGUGAGAUAACCGACAUGGACAACACACGGAAAGCCAUCGUGUACGCCUCGGGUCUGCCGAUGUCGUUGAUCAUCGUGGGCGUUGGAGAGGCCGACUUCACCAACAUGAACAUACUGGACGGAGAUGAUGGAGUUCUCAAGUCUCCGACCGGGGAACCGUGUCAACGAGAUGUCGUGCAGUUCGUGCCAUUCAGAGACUUCAAGAAGUCAUCACCAGCCGAACUGGCCAGACAUGUUCUGGCGGAGGUUCCUCGACAGGUGACGCAGUAUUUCAAGUUGAGAGGAAUUCCACCCAACAGAGUAGGUCCACGGCCUUCUGAACCAGUUAAAUAAAACAGCUUGAUUGCGUUCCAGAAUUUC